GCUGUUCAUUACUAUGGUCCAGACGUACUCUUAGAGAAACACAAACGCGGACCAACAGAAGGGUUCAGAUAUUGUUACUUAUUUUGACAUGGUUAAGAAGCAUCUAACUUCAAAGCAAGUCAUAUGGAAACAUUGCCUACAAGUGACAGCUGUGGUGACACGUGUACUGACAUAUUCGGGUAUAAACCUGAAUUCAAGACGAGACAGCUGAAACAUGUGACGAGCAAACGUAACAAUGUUUGGUGGCCACACGUGGCACGCCAAUUCUAAGCACAGCGGUGAAACGAAACACAGAGGAUCGAUUCAACACGAAAAUGCUAAAAAAUUAGCACAGAUGCACGACUGUACAUUAUCAGCAAAGCCAACUAUGCCCAUUUCGCGCGAUUUGAGACCAGCUGUUGAUACAGAAGUCUGAAAAAAGGAUAUUAAUUAUAUAUAUAUAGCGUACUUUUAUGAACGUUUGACAAGAGCUAUACGUUUCACAAAUAAUAUUUUCCAACACCAGUGGCAUAAAAGAGACUUUCAAGUAACUUCAUUCAUACGUAUACCGUUCUCCUACUGGACAGGACAGGUCCAAGGAAAAGACUUAUCAUGAAAAUUCUUCUUACAACGACACUGCUGUUAGCAGCCGUAAUUACAGCUUCUCUUACGAAUGGCAGCGAAGAGAUUGUUGACGAUGCCACUACUACUAACUAUAGAUUGCCAAACAAUUCAGUGCCAAUUUCAUAUUUUAUCAGUUUGAUACCAUAUCUCGUCGUAGACAAUUUUACAUUCGAUGGAGUAUCGAUGGUUGAACUUGAGGUUCUAGAACCAAGUUCUUUGAUAACUCUUCACAUACUAAAUCUUACUAUAGACGAGAGUGCAACAUCCUUGGUGUCCAGUGGUAAUAUAAACUACAAAAUAGCCAGUCAUACUUACGAUACCACAAAACAAUUUUUGAUUUUGAAUUUCGCCACCGUUUUGCCAACUGGAUAUUAUACAUUGUUUUUGAAGUAUGUUGGUAUCCUAGACAAUGAAAUUUUGAAUGGUUUCUAUAGAAGUUCUUAUACCAACGACGAUGGUGAAACUGUCUGGUUGGCUACCACGCUAUUUAAAGCAACUGGUGCACGUCGAGCUUUCCCCUGCUGGGAUGAACCUGCACUCAAAGCCACCUUUACCAUUUCUAUUAAACACGAUGUUAACUACACGGCGUUAUCAAAUAUGCCGGUUGCCAGCCAAUCGGAAAUCGACGAAACUGAUAACAAAUUAUGGACGACUUUCGAAACAACACCCAUCAUGUCUACAUAUUUGGUGGCUUUUGUAGUUUCAGAUUAUGGUUACGUCAGUAACGAUGAAAAAACCUUUAGAAUUUGGACUCGCAAAAAUAUUCUUAAUAGUACAGCUUAUGCAUUGACUGUAGGCAAGUCCGAAUUAGCAUAUUUAGAGAGAUACACAUCGAUUCCGUUUGCUUUACCAAAAAUAGAUGAAAUUUCCAUCCCAGACAUUGCAUUCGAUGGUGUUGAAAAUUUGGGCAUCUUUACUUACAGCGAAAAAGAAUUGCAAUACGUCGACGGCGUAAGCACAACAUCUGCAAAACAAGAGGCUGCUACAAUUACUUCUCAUGAAUUCGCUCAUCAGUGGUUUGGCAAUUUAAUCACUUCAACGUGGUGGAAAUAUGUUUGGCUGAAUGAAGGCUUCGCUACUUAUUUUGAAUAUUAUAUAACGGACAAGGUGGAAGACAAUUGGCGUUUGAUGGAACAAUUCAUUGUUCGUAUUGUACAAUUAAGAGCCUUUAUAGCAGAUUCUUCCGAAACUACUCGCCCCUUGAAUCAGGAUGUAUCGACUCCAGAAGAAAUUUUUUCACUGUUCGAUUCAAUUACCUAUGACAAAGCGGCUUCUGUGAUUCACAUGAUGUCCAAUUUCCUGACUCCCCAAGUCUUUCGCGAUGGACUCAUCAGAUACUUAAAGAAUAAUGCCUAUAAGGCGGUCACGCCCGAUGACCUUUGGAGCGCCUCACAAGAGGUAUCUGACGAAUCUGAAAUUCUGCCCCCUGAGAUUUGCCUUAAAAAGGUGAUGGACACUUGGGUCGAGCAGCCUGGAUUUCCACUGAUCACUGUCACCAGGGAUUAUUCAACCGGAACAGCUGAUAUCAGUCAGGAGAGAUAUUUUCAAUCCGGUGCUAGUGAUGACGGUACCAGAUGGUGGGUUCCUAUCAGUUACACAACUCAGUCUGAUCUAGAUUUUUCAUCAACGUCACCUCGCGAGUGGAUCCCUCAAGGAGAAGAUAAUAUAGUCCUAAGCGGAUUUGAGUCAACUGAUUGGACCAUUUUCAACAUACAACAAUCAGGUUACUACCGGGUCAACUACGAUGAAACAAAUUGGAAAUUAAUAGCUAAUUAUUUGGACAGUGACGAUUAUAUAAAAAUUCAUCCCAUCAAUCGCGCACAAAUCAUCGAUGAUACUUAUAACUUGGCUCUUGCCAAUCGUAUUAGCUUUUCUAUAUUUUUGGAUAUUUCGGUUUAUAUUCGUCGUGAUAUUGAUUACAUUUCAUGGUAUCCGAUGUUGACCGCUGAAAAUUAUUUGUAUCAAAAAUUAGCAAACACCAGAAGCUUCUCGUUAUUCAAGAGAUUUUGUGUGGAAAGAUUGGAAAAAUCUGUUCUUACUCUCGGAUAUGACCAGCACAAUGACGAUGAACAUCUUAUAAAGCUUCACAGAUCAAAUAUGUUAAUGUAUGCAUGCUUUCUUGACAGUGAAGAAUGCAGAUCUAAUGCAACUGCGAAGCUGGUUGCAUAUUUGGAAGAUCCAAUUGCAAACCCGAUAUCGCCUGAUUUGAGAGAUUGGGCAUUUUCCUCUGGACUUAACAAUGCAAAUGCACCUGUCUGGAAUAUGGUUUUAGAUCUUUACGCCAAGACCCCUUCUCUCGCCAUGCUUUCUCAUCUUGGUUUUUCCGAAGACGAAGAAAUCUUGACAAACUACAUGAAACUGGCAACAACAGAUAAUUCGACGAUACUGAAGGAGCAUGCAUCUGAUGCGUUCGCGUCCAUUUAUUAUGGCAGCGCCAAUAACAUAAACUUCGCCUUCAACUACCUCAUCGACAAUUUCGACAAAUUAUAUGCAUUCUGGGACCAACCAACAGAUGAGAUGAUUAGGCAUGUUUCUGCGUUUGGUAACCUCUUAACAACAAGAGAACAGCUCACGAAGUUGAAAGCUUUGGUCGAAAAGCACAGUGAUGUAUUCGGAUCUGAUGGACAAACUGCAAUCGCCAAUGUAGAAUCUAACGUCAAAUGGACUGAUACUUACGAACCAGUUUUCUACGAAUGGUUUACUAAUUUCUACAAGCUGUAAGACCAAGAAGCUACUUCCGCUGCCGCUGUUAACGUUGACCAACAGCACGGCACAUUAUCACCUACCAUCACACCGUGCAUCAUGCGUAAAGAAAUUUUUCCAAAGUUCUGAGUAGAGCGCAGCGAUUUUCCUCAGAAACUUCAGUUUACGCUAUUUUGGUUUUGAUCUAUUAUCCUCGCCAUGAUUUGUCAAUUUGCACGUACUACCAUAACAAGAUACUUGUCAGGAAUUUCUUGAACCUGUUGAUACUUUAAAAUUUGCAGUGACGAUUACGAAGUUCUUCGGGCUAGACAGCAGCUAGAUCAUUCUCGAAAUACCAAUUGUACGCAGCCAGGUUGUUCAGUUUGAAACGAAGUUUUGGAAUUCGAUCUGCCUCAGAAGCAGAGGCCUCCACACACGCAUUCUUCAGAUUUAGACUUUCAACUUCUAAUAAACUUAAUCAGCUGAAGCUGUUUAUUACUUUUGUCCAGACAUUGCCUUAAGAAAAUACAAAUGCGGUCAAAAAGAA